GUUGACAGUGACUUGGUUAUUCGUUGAGUUCUAGCCGAUUGCAUGUUGCUCGGCAUGUUGCUCGGCAUGGCUACAGACUGUAGCAUGGCCGCGCUCUUAGUAAACGAACAUGGUUGGAUGUUUGAAGGUGAUCAAGUCGCCAGAAGAAAAUGAAAAAUGCCGGACAUUCCUUUUGGAUGACCAGGAUCAUACGCUAGGAAAUGCUCUUCGGUAUAUGAUAAUGAAGAACCCACAAGUGAAGUUCUGUGGCUAUGCCAUACCACACCCCUCUGAAAGGAAGGUACAUCUCCGAAUAGAAACCUAUGGCACAACUGCAGUUGAGGCACUGAAAAAAGGCUUGCAAGACUUGCAUGAGAUGAGUGAGCACAUCCUGAAGGAGUUUGAGAAAACGGUGGAGAAGCACAAAGCAAAGAGCACAAUGAAUGUUGAAUGAUAUACUACAUUUGUUAAGGCUGUUCUUUCUGUAUGACCAUUUCAUUGUGAGAGGUUCCCCAUCAUUUCGGCCUCGGGUAGCCCCAACAACCUUCACACCGUGCCAAGGAACCUGUUUAAGAACUUGCUUUUAUGCAUAGCUUUUUAAUUAAUGUCACAGUGAAUCAAUAAAAUGCAUUGGUGGGAA